CCUUAAGGAAUCACUGGAAUUUGUGUCUAAAAAGUUGCACUAACGAGAAGACCCGAAGAUGCUUUUAUUUGCUCCGUUGCAUUGCAAGGAUGUCUUGUUUUUUCCAAACUGAAAUACGAAUGCUUUAAUUUGCAACAGACUUCUCUUUCACUGUAAGUAAACAAAACAUGUGGGGUGACUAACUGUUGGAAUACACCUUCACGAGAGGAUAAAUUGGUUUAAAUGAGGCCGGGUGAUUAAAGGUGUUUAUCAGCUGGAGUGGACCGUUUGCCAGCCAGCCACAGCGCAUCGUAAGAUGCAUCGCUCAGAGCGGAGUUCAUAGCGUUGCUGAUCCACCCCGCAGGCAGCGACGACAGCGAGUGAGGUUGACACAGCAUGGCACACCUGUUUCACUGAUCUGCUUCAAAAUCAACAAAUGACUGGCUGCCAAAGCCAGCGCAACUCCCCCAUGACGGGAAGACUGGAGGCCAGCUCUACCGAGAAGUUUGUGUGGGAGGCAGCCUGCCUUGUAUUUACCCAGUCAGUCAGGAGCCUACGCAGGAACAUCGGAGAGAAAAUGCCACACUUUGCUAUGGUUCCAUCUUCUGAUCAUAAAGGGAGCGGGAUGGAAUGCAUCAACAUUAUCUUUCCUAGUCUUGGAGGAGUGAGGUCUGAUCCUCUGUGAUUAUACUCAGAAAUGUCAGGCCAAGAGGAGUCGGACAAGGGUGUGGACAUGUGGUCCUCCCUCCGCUGUCUGGGGUAUCUCUCCAGCUUCAACCUGCUGGUAGCCGUGUGCUUGGGAAUGUACGUACGGUGGGAACAGACUGCAGAGUCCAUGAUUCUGGUCAUCUUCAUCUUGGGAUUGUUCGUUUCGGCCAUAGCCUGUAUCCUCUACUACUACUUUUCAAUGGAGUCCGCCAGUUUAAGUCUCUUCCACCUGUGGUUUGGCUUCCUGCAGGGACUCCUGUGCUUCCUGAACAGCCAGUCUCUGGAGAACGACAUAAAGGAGCAGGUCACAAACUACCUGUUGCUCGCUAGCUUAGCCAUUCGGACGCUCUGGGCCCUAACAGAACGCUUGUGCAGUAGCGCUACGAAUAAACCAGUCGUACUCACCUCGUCCGAGCUUUUAGAGCUCCUGGGAUUUGGUGUUGCAAGCAUCAGCUUGGUUUUCUACAAAUCACUGGCUACGAUUGCUCUGAUGUUCGCGUUAACGGCCCUCAUCGUGGACCUUCGCAUGAAGUCGCCCUUGGCUCUCCCUAAUCUAGCCUGUUUUGCUGUAAUCACCGCUGUUACCUUCUUCCAGUCCUUGGAGAUCCAAGCAAACCCCUUCGCGCUCAGCUGCUACCUGGGCCGGCUUAUCUGCGAGCCUCUUCUAGACGUGUACUUCAGCAGCUUUUCGGCUACAGAACGCUGGAAGCAGUUUCUCUCAGCCGGUCGUCUGUGGAGGAGAUUUUCUCUGUUCCCAUUGGCACUUGUUGAGUUGGCAUUCUUUGUGCUCUGUGCCUUUAAGCUGGGUAACCUGGAUGUUUGGUACCUGGUCAUCCCUGGCUUCUGCGUCUUUGGCCUCUUGUGGAUCCUGUGCCACAUGGUGUUCCUUGUCACGCUAUGGUGCUUUCACACCAAACUAAGCGAGUGUCAGAAGACGUGGGCGGCCCAGCGCUCGCAAACGCUCAGUUUGGACAGGAUCAUGGCCUCCAGGGGCAUGCGUCAUUUCUGCCUCAUUUCCGAACGUCUGGUCCUCUUUUGCCUGAUGUCCACCAUCAUACUAGGGGCCGUCUCAUGGCAGGUCACUAAUGGACUCUUCAUGAGUGUGUUUUUAGUGGUACUGCCACUGGAGUCUCUGGCUCAUGGACUCUUCCAUGAACUGGGCGACUGCUUGGGAGGCACCUGCGUUGGGUAUGCGGUGGUAAUUCCCACUUGCUACAGCAGUGCGGAUGGACAGCCAUUGCUUUUGCCUCCGGGGCAAGCCCAGGAACUGCACUCCACAGCUACUUUGAACGCUGUGCAGCGACUCUUCUCCCAUCAUCUCAUCCAGACCUUCGGGUGUGACUACUCCACCAGUCUAAGCCUAGACACUCUGCAGGCCAAACUGCGCUCUUUUCUGGAGCUCUGCACUACAGAAGGCCCACGGCAUGACACCUACAUCCUCUACUACAGUGGCCACACACUUCCCAGUGGAGACUGGAUUCUGGCAGGUGGUGACUGCUUGCGUCUACAACAGAUCCUUGAUAUGUGGAAGGAACGGAACACCGGCUUCUCCUCCCGCCUCAUCCUGGUCCUGGACACUGAGAAUUCUGCACCAUGGGUGAAGGCGGUACGAAAGGUGGAAAAGAUGUAUGUGGCAGUACAAGGAGCCAAGAUGAGCCCUGUCCAGGAUGCCGAAGCCCAGGAUGCCCCUCGUUUGGGAGACUUCACUGCUGAGUGGGUGAAAUACAACUGUGAUCCUGACAGUGGCGUGCAGUGGUCAGAGAGGGGUCGGGUCAUCUCAGCGAUAUACGGUGUGUCCAAACCCUGGAGUGACUAUGCUCUCCAUCUGCCCACUGGAAGCGAUGUGGCCAAGCACUGGAAAACGCACUUCCCCAAGGCCACUUACCCAUUGGUGGCUGUGGCGAACUGGUGCUGUGGACUCAACCUCCUGUGGCUGUGUAGUGUGUGUUUGCGCUGCAUCAGGAGACUGAAACUUUCUUGGUUCCCUCCCAGCAUACUAGACACGGGGCAGGGGAUUAAACUAGUCCGAUCAUAGGUGACCAAUUGGUUUGCUUCUACACAAUGUAUAUACUUCACCAUGUAUCUUUUCUAUGCAAUUUUGGGAUAUCCUUUAUUGAGUUAACUGUUCAGUUGCCUUUUACAAAUUACUUUAAUCAGUUAUGGAUAGGGAACAUGGAUCGUUCAUUCCUGCUUCUAAAGAUCUACUUUCUUCUAGAGUUUAGAGUCGCACCCAAUUUUCAAAUCAAACCAGAAGAUCUUGAUUAGAAGAUUCGGGAAUAUUUGAUAUGAAUUAGGGCUUAUCCUUGCAGGAAGUUUGAUCUUUAGGAACAGAAUUGAGCCACAUUGUCAUACGACAGUUUCUUCUGUUUAUCUAUGUGCCCUGUAUACACAAUAUAGCCACUGUCUUAUCUCAUUUACAAUAUUGAGACUGUCAGCACCAAGUGCCUUGUGUUAAUUUAUUACGUUUUAAUCGGGUUUUCUAAGGAUUUGGGUGAAAUAUGUGUAUUGCAAUGUAAUUAGUCUCAGACAAAGUCAAGCAAGAAAUCUUAUUGUACCUUUAAAAUGUUACUUUUUUUUGCCAAGCUGUAGAGUGGGUCUGGUUUAGUUGUUUCUUCAAGACCUCUACAAAAGCCAAUGUUUAAACCAUAUCAUGCUAUAUUUUAUUUUGUAUUCUCUGUGGGGGUUUUGUGUUGAAGAGUUGAUCUUUAUUAACUCUUUUUUUUUUUUUUCUUUUUUUUUUCAAAAGACCAGCAUCCUUUAAUAAAGACUGUUUGGUAAGUAGAUGUUCUAGCAUGUGCAGAUAUACCUCUGUUUAGUGAUGAUUAGAUAGGAUAGCAUGUUAAGGCACUACAGACUGUCCCAUUGUCAAAAUCAUCACAGUGCUAUGAAAUGUUCACUUCCGAAAAACUCGCACAAUGCAGUAAAAAGACUUUGUACUCUUUUCUAUUUAAAGCCAAAAAAUGUAGGUUGACUGCAUAGAGCACUACACUUUUUGACAGUAAAUGAAACCGAAUGAUUUUAGUUCUGAUACGUUACAGUUGUUGAAAUACCAAUGACGUUUUAACACA